UCGCUGCUGUCAGCUAUGGCUGGUAAUCCUCCUGGCUCCGUCGCCGUCUAUCUGCUCGUGCAGAAGGUGUCCCGGAGCCUGGCGGCGCGGUCGAGCGGCCCCGGAGCGGCUGAGGCGGCGGAGGAGCCUGAUGUGGUGGUAAGAAGGCAGGAAGCUUUGGCAGCAGCUCGCCUCAGGAUGCAGGAGGAGUUGAAUGCACAAGCAGAAAGAUACAAAGCAAAACAAAAACAGCUUGAAGAAGAGAAGCGGAGGCAGAAGAUAGCGAUGUGGGAAAGCAUGCAAGAGGGGAAGAGCUACAAAGGAAACCUGAAACUGAAUCAGCAAGAAGCACAGUCUGGUGCCUCCACCUCAGCAGUCCCGAAAUCUAAACCAAACAAAAAGCCUUUGCGAGGAGGUGGCUACAACCCACUGUCUGGAGAAGGAGGUGGAACGUGUUCCUGGAGACCAGGCCGGAGAGGCCCGUCAGCAGGUGGAUGAGGUUAACCUCCCUAGUGCCCCAUAGCACUAGCAGGCUUCAGCUUACCCACUGUCUAACUGCCUAGAGGUUGCCUGUCACAGGAACUCCUUUGGGGCUGGUUUAGUGCUGGUGGUCACUUAAAACAACCUUUUCCAAACUGCAUUGGAUGGUCCUACACAAGAAAAAUACCUGGUCCUCUUA